UAAAGUUGUCCUACCACGAAGCAAUUACUUAUCAUCACUUUGAACAUUUCAGUUAAUCUGAUAAUCUACAUUAUCCAUCAGGUCGUUAUCAAUCCUUUUGACAAGCAACUGAAUUUUUUCGUCGGUAUGUACAGUUCAUUAUUUGUAAGUAAAAAAAAGUAGAUUCAUUUUUAAAAUUCUCUGACAAGGACAUUGCACACACUCGUUACUGAUUGUGCCUAAUUGUCCAACGGUGAGGAAGGACCCUGCAAAUUUUUUUUGAAAUUCGUACAAUAAAUUUAACAAUGAAAUUGCCAGCGUUCGUUUUUGGAACGGUACCUCUCAUGGUCUCAUUCUACGCUCGAAAAUACAUAGAGGAAGACAAAGCACAAACCUUGACCGAACUGGAAAAUGAUUUUGGCAUUCCCCGAAUCAAGAAAUACGACUUUAUCGUCGUUGGAGGGGGCUCAGCGGGCUGCAUUGUUACAGGGAGACUUUCCGAGCGUUUUAAUGUGCUCUUGUUGGAAGCUGGAGGUAAACCUGUCCCUCUGGCACACGUUCCAAUAUUUACACGUGAGGUUGCAGUCGACCCGGACACAAACUAUUUGUACAAAUCCGUCCCUCAGAGGAACAUGUCCUUAGUAAAUGGAGGGGUAGUUGGGAUUGAAACUGGGAAAAUGCUGGGUGGUUCAGGGUCACACAACGAUAUGGGACACCAGCGUGGGUCGCCGCACGAUUGGAAUUACUAUGCCUCUGUAACGGGGGACCCUUCUUGGCGAUAUGAGAAUGUGCUCCCUUUCUUUAAGAAAUCUGAGGAUUUUGUGGGAUUUUUGCUUCAACCGGAACAAGCUGAGUAUUACGGUCAAGGAGGUCCCCUCACAGUCGACACUCAUAUGCCAGCUUUCUUUCCAAUAUGGGCUGAUGCUGGCAGAGAACUGGGAUAUCCAGUGGCAGACCCAAAUGCCCUACAAAUUCCGAGCUUCGCCCCGUUUCAAAAAUUGAUUGACAAAGGAGGUCGAGUUAGCACAUACAACAGAUAUGUUUUACCAUACGAGGGAACAAGGGCCAACUUGACAGUCAUUCGAUAUGCCACUGUCACACAAAUUCUACUGGACAAGGACAAUACUGCGUAUGGAGUGGCGUUCCUUCGUCACGGGAUACCUCAAAUUGCCCAUGCCACCAAUGAAGUUGUGCUCAGUGCGGGGGCAAUCAAUUCCCCUCUUAUCUUAAUGAUGUCGGGAAUUGGACCUCGAGAUCAAUUGGAAGCUGCAGAGAUCCCAGUAAAAGUAGAUCGUCCCUUCGUGGGGCAAAAUCUUGCUGAUCACAUCCACGUCUUUUUCGGAAGCUUCUCCUUCAACUCGUCUGCAAUUCCGUACUUGCCCUUUGUUCCCGAGGAAGAUCUGGAGGCUGCCUUAACCGAAUAUUUGGAAACCGGUCUAGGCGAGUUUGGCGAACUUCAAGAAAGUCCGCAAGCCUUCUUUUCGAGUUCAAGGGCUGUGGCUGAAGGGGAAGGACAUUGGCCAGAUGGACGCAUUUCCAUUGACGUUGCAUGUCCGAUAAGUUUCUCGGCGGAAGAAAGUCUCACAAAAGUUUGCUUCGUCUCCGAACUUGACCGACCCAAGUCGAGGGGUAGUGUUACCCUAAAUUCUAGCGCCUUCUUGUCCGGGUCGACCGAUUUUGUCCAGUUGGCAAAUGUUGAUUUUAACGGACUAGGCAUUCCUUCCGAUUUGGAUGUGAUUUUAGACGGAAUCGAACUAAUCUUCAAGGUGGUCGAGGAAACAGAGUCAUUCGCCUCUCUUGGGGCGAGAUAUGAUGGAACCCAAAUUCAAGGGUGUGAAGAGUAUCUUUUCCGGUCGAGGGAAUAUUGGGCAUGCUACACUCAGCAGCUAGUGACCACAGCCAUUCACAUGGUGGGAACUUGUGGCAUGGGAAGCGAGGCCAGCUCAGUUACCGACUCCAAAUUGAGGGUUCGUGGAGUGACUGGACUCCGAGUCGUGGACGCUUCAGUCCUACCAACAACUCCAAACGCCAACCUAAACGGUCCGGUUAUUCUAGUCGCUGAAAAAGCAGCUGCCGAUAUUGCCAGUGAUUGGUGAUUGUAGGAGUAAUCAGUGCUUGUAAAUUAGCUUCAUUGUUUUUAUUCUUCAUAUGAAUGCUAUUUAAUCGAUAAUUCGAAUUGUGACAUUGGCUGAAUAAAUUAUAAUAAUUGCAAA